UCAGGGCUGUGUUACGUCAACUGCAAUCACAGUUGUAUCUCCAACAUGGCGUCGCUGGGAAGGAGGCGCGGUGUCCCAGUAAGCAGGGAGAGGGGAGUGAUGGCAGCGUCCGACUGCUACAUUGUGCACGAGAUCUACAACGGGGAGAAUGCGCAGGACCAGUUUGAGUAUGAGCUGGAGCAGGCACUGGAGGCCCAGUAUAAAUACAUUGUUAUCGAGCCCACGCGGAUCGGAGACGAGACGGCCCGUUGGAUUACUGUGGGCAACUGCCUGCACAAGACGGCUGUGUUGUCAGGCGCCGCUUGCCUCCUGACACCGCUUUCACUGCCCGUUGAAUACUCGCGCUAUGUGGCGCUUCCUGCCGGCGCCCUCAGCGUGGCCUGUGCUGCUCUCUACGGGAUUUCAUGGCAGUUUGACCCCUGCUGCAAGUACCAGGUGGAAUAUGACAGCCAAAAACUGUCGCGGCUGCCUCUGCAUACACUGACCUCCUCGACACCCGUGGUACUGGUACGCAGGGAUGACAUCCACAGAAAGAGACUCCAUAACACGAUAGCAUUGGCGGCCCUGGCCUAUUGCGCCAAGAAGAUCUAUGAACUCUAUGCCGUAUGAGUGCGCUCUGAAGAGAAUUUACGA